GAGGUCCCGUGGCCGUCCUGGCUCUGACCCUGACAAGCCGUCCAUAUGUUGACACCUGCACACACAUAUUAACUUCUCUUGGCGGCCUAGAUGGCCAAGAUGUUUGUCCGAUACCUUGUGGUCGCCAUCCUGUCCGUGUCAUCCAGGACAGGGUAUGGGUGGACUUGCCACGUCUCCACAGAGUGCCAGAUCGACGUCCAGAUGAUCCAGACCAUGGCAGUCCCCGGCGCGAUGAGGGCCAACGCGAGCAGGGCCGAAGCACUGGUCGGUGUCAACAUCGCCCGUAAACCGGGUGGCUCAGCAUUAAUAGUGGCCAGGCUGUCUGAGGCGACUGGCAUGCAGGCGGCCAUGGAGACCCAAGCUGUGUCCACAAUCAAGAACUCUGGUCUUCUUGCUCAGCCUUUUGUUCUCGCUAACCCAAGCACCGCCAAGAUUGUGUCAGUCAGCGGCACCUCUGUGGUUUACGUCUACCUCCCUAUCUGGUCUUUGAGCACUCUUCCUAUCGGUCAAGGUCUGGAAGAAAUGCUCCUGGCUGAUUUUCGGGGCAUGGCUGGGUGGACCAACGGCUACCCCCUGUCUGUUACGAUCGGCGCUGACGAGAGUUCGGCGACAUCGAACUCGGCUCUGGGUGGCGGUGGUGCCGCAGUGGGGGACCCCCAUUUGCAAAACAUUCAUGGUGAGCGGUUUGACCUGAUGCAGCCUGGCGAGCACGUGUUGCUUCACAUCCCGAGGCGUGAGAGCAUUGAAAACACUUUGCUCCACGUUCAGGCGGCUGCGCAGACCUUGGGCGGCCUCUGCACGGACACGUACUUCACGCGCAUCAACAUCACAGGAAGGUGGCCGAGUGCACUGCGGCCUGGUGGCCUCGUGUUCCGCGCGGACGACCCCGACAACGGCGCAGAGUCCAAGUGGAUGAACCUGCACGGGUCGUCCCAGGGACUCCAGAUCAAGGUCGUCCACGGCCACACGCAGCAGGGGACCCGCUACCUGAACUUCUACGUCAAGGGCCUUGGGCGAACGGGCUUGCCCGUCGGAGGGCUCCUGGGAGAGGACGACCACGAGGAGGCCUCGAGGCCCAUCCGCGCCUGCGAGCAGCACCUGGCCCUGCUCGCGGCAUCCACGGUGACCUCCUGAAGAGGGCCCAGACCCCCCUCGGCGUGGUGGAGAAACGUCACCUCUGGGAGUCGACGUUGUGAAAGAAGGAAAAAAAAACACGACGUCGGGGGUCUGGGGAGAUCCGCGGCCACGCCGCGCCGGCAGAGCAUGCCUCAGAGGCGGCUCAGGUCCCCACGCGAGGUGCAGUGUGCGUCUCGUUCGUGGCCUCGUCUGGAACGCAG